CAGAUUUUCACCAUCCCUUAGCCUUUCUCUUUUUAUCUAUUUAUUUAUUUAUUUUUAUUUUUCGUUCUUUCGUUCUUUUUUGUUUCUUUUGUUUUUUUUUAUUUUUUUAUUGUACAUUAUUCCUUGACUCGUAUAUGGUGAAAACAAAAGAUUUGGACACUUGGACCGGUGAAUAUUCUAGUGCUUCAGAUUCCCAACUGGAUACACAAAGUAAAGACGCAUUAGACCCAUCUACAAAUGUGGAUAAUAAAACGCACUGUAAGGGAACAUCAGAAGCGAAAAUACCCCACAAAUCAUGGAAGCAAUACGUGCAGGUAGCAGUUUGCGGUACGGCUCUUUUAUCAGAUGGGUACUGCAUGAGCAGUAUUGGGACGGUGAUUACUAUUCUUAAGAAACUUUACCCAAAAGAAACCAAAGCACAUCAUACUAUAAAAAAAAUUAGCAUGAUUUCAUAUGUCGGUACGAUUGUCGGACAACUCUUUUUUGGAAUCUUUUCAGAUGCGCUUGGGCGCAAAAUUGGCAUGAUUGCAUCAUCAGCUGUUUUAGUUGCAUCUACAGCUUUGUGUUCAGGUGCCUACGGUUAUCAUGGAAGCAUUCGUGGAAUGCUGCAAGCGUUGAUAGCUUACCGGUUUUUUUUAGGAAUCGGAAUUGGUGCUGAGUUUGUUUGUGGCUCGAUUUCGGCUUCUGAAAGCUCAAAUGAAGUUCAAUCUGGUGCCCGCCAUGCGAUCUUUGUAAUAGUAACUGACACUGCUACUUGUAUGGGACACAUUUUAGGAGCCUUAAUACCUUAUAUUUUGGCUUGUAUUUUUGGGCAAAGACAUCUUAGAAUAGUAUGGCGACUUUCGAUAGGCUGUGGUAUUUUUAUUCCAAUUGUCUUUUUGAUAUUACGAAUUCGUAUGAAGGAAGUUAAAACAUAUGUCUCUCACCGGGUUUCUGCAAAAAAAAUUCCUUGGCUUCUCGCUAUUAAGAUGUAUGGGAUACGACUAUUUUUGCUUUCGAUGAUCUGGUUUGCGAACGGUUUAAUCAUAUCUGCGUUUUCUCUGUACUCUAGUACAAUCAUUAAAGGAGUAAUAUUACCCCAUAAUGCUUCCAUGGCACGAACGUUUGGAUGGACGGUGCUGACCCAAUCAUUUAGCUUACCAGGAUCACUUCUCGGUGCAUAUUUCAGCGAUGUGCUUGGGCCCAAGUACUGCCUUAUAUUAGGAGCAUCCCUGCAAGGAAUGAUUGGAUUUUUUAUGUCUGGGUUUUACCAUCAAUUAGUCCACAAGGUUGCUGGAUUUUGCGUGCUUUAUGGGCUUUUUUUGAGUAUGGGUGAGUUUGGGGCUAAAUGUAACAUUAGACUUCUAGCAUCAAAGACUUCACCCACUGCAAUCCGGGGCCUCUAUUGCGGGAUUGCAGUGACGACUGGACGACUUGGAUCUAUAGCAGGUAUUUAUUUGUUUGGAGGUGACCAAUUGCAAAGGUAUUUCUAUGCUGCUAGUGGAAUCUCGUUUUUUAUAGUUCUUAUUUCCUUAUUUCUUCCAAACGUGGACCAGUCUUGUAUUGAAACAGAAGAUGAACGAUUCCUGCAAGCUUGUAAACUUGGAGGAAUUCAUCCAAUAUUUGAACAGAGUGACGCUGAGUGAGUGGUUGAGCUUAUCAUAAAUAGUUGAGUUGGAACGUUCUAAACGUUUGUUUUGAUGAACGCACAGCGUGCAUGUAGAGCACUACUAUUUUUCGAUUAUUUUCUUUUUUGAUGUUCUUACUUUCCAUUUUCAUUUAAUCGUUAAUUGCUUGCUAGUUCUUAUACGUGCUUUUACUCUUGACUUCGUUCUUUACUUUCAGUUUCUGCAUAUCUAUCUAUUUAUUAAAUGUCACUUCAAAACCUUCAGCAUCGGUAAUUUUAAUAUAAAUGAAAUACAAUAUGUAAUUCGUAAGUUUUGAG